UACUGCAGUCAAGUGAGUCGAAGUAAUAUAUCUACUUCACGAAAUAAUUCGUUUCAGGAGGGUUCAGAUUAUGGCGGAAGUCGAGCAAGAGCUGGAUUCCUCUGAACUUGGGACCCAGGAUUACUGGGAUAAGACCUAUUCGCUGGAAAUAAACAACUUUAAGCACCACGGUGACGUUGGGGAAGUUUGGUUCGGAGAGGACAGUGCUCUGAGAAUAGUCAGGUGGCUAAGUUCCAAGCCUGAGCUGGUCGCCAGUGGCGACAGAAUAAUUGACCUCGGCUGUGGCAACGGGAUGAUGCUGGUCGAGCUGCACGACGAGGGGUUCAUUAAUUUGACAGGAGUCGAUUACUCGCAGAAUGCAAUCGACCUCGCUUCUCAAGUCCUGAGGGAUAAGGGCCUUUCGCACAUAACGCUGCAGACCUUCGAUAUACUGGAGAAUGACGUGGCGAGUCUUGGAUCGAGCUUCAGGGUUGCUCACGAUAAAGGAACUUACGACGCAGUUAGCUUGAAUCCCAAUAAUCCCAAGGAGAAGAGGGAAAAGUAUAUAAAAAAUGUCAAGGAAAUGCUCGAGCCUCAAGGUAUUUUAAUCAUCACUUCGUGCAACUGGACCGAAGAUGAGCUAGUUAACCAUUUCAAGACCUAUUUCGAGCUACUUCACAGCAUUCCUACACCGUCGUUCCGAUUCGCUGGACAAACCGGAAACUUGAUCAGUUCUUUAGUGUUUACAAAAAGGUGACCGAAUUUAUUGUUGAGAAAAAUUGUAACGUUUUCAUAACCGUUAAUAAGUUCCUGGAAAGAGCAGAGUACAGAUAAAUAUUCACAGCUCAUAGAUUAUAUAAUUUAAGAAUUGUUCUUUUUCCAUCCAACGCAUGUUCUGAUCUGAUUUAUCAACCACAAAUCUGUUUGUACAAACCAAUAAAGGAUCUAUUUCUUACAGUAUUCUUGACAAGUUUCUAUCAACUAUUGAAAACCAAUUGAAAUUCUUAUUUAAGGUAUUAUUUUUAUUCAGGUUUUAAUUGUGCGCGAAACAUGAGUCAAUCUUAAAACGAUAUGUAUAACAAAUUAAGAAAUCGUUAUAUCGUGCUUGUUUGUCGUGAUGCGUGGUAUAUACGUAUACAUACUCUGUAGUAUAAUAUAAUUGUACACAUACAAACUUUACAAAAUACGCUAUCAACUUAUGGGUAUCGUACAGUAAGUGUACAUUUAAUACGCUGGUAUAAUGUAUUCAUGUAUAUUUUAGAUUACAGAUAUAUUUUAGAAUAUUUGUAAAGUAUAAGUAGGUUCUCGUAUUUGACUAGUGCAGCCAAUUAUUUUCAUACAGUACUCAAUAUAUAAGGCAUUCUUGGCGUAUAUGCGGCAGAAUAGUUAGUUGCAAUUUUAUUAUAAUUCUCUUGGUAAAUAUUCAUUGCUCGCAAUUAUAAUAUUCAAAGAUGAGGCUUUAAAACCGUGUGAUUAUUUAGAUAUUAUAGGCACGCAUUUAACAUUUUACAUCAUUAAUUGAACGAUUUGAAUUUCAAACCGAAGGCACACCUGCAUUUUUGUUUUCGUUUUUUAUAAUCACCUAUUAGU